AACCCACAAACGCGAUCGAAACGUGCAAAAUGUCUUCAUUUCACACACCUAUACGAUCAAGAAAGCGCGGUAGAGAGGAAUCUGACUCUGGGUUUCGCCCUAAUCGUGCAAAUCCUCAAGAACUUCUUGGUUUUCGCAUAAAAAAAGAUAUCACCUUUCUAGCAGACCCUCGUGUUAACCCUGUCGUUACAGAAGAUAUUAAUUAUGUUGCUAUGUCUGUGAGCCGUGAGUCUCAUGAAGAAGAGAGUGUGUCUGCCAUUUUGAACUGCAUUCUUGAAACUGCUCUUUCUAUUCCUGUCAAAGUAGCGCAUUUGGCAACGCUAAUGAUGCGGGCAGCAUUAAAAGCACCUCUUUUAGUUGAGCGUGGUGUAGAUAUUCUACAAUCAAAACUGACUGUUUCUUUAGAGCAGUUCGAUUAUUACCAAGCUAAGAUUGUUUUCCGUUUACUUAUAUGUCUUAGUCGUAUCUACGAGUCAGAAGGUGUAGAGCCCGUCUUUUCCAAAUUUUUAGACAAACUGAGUGAGCAAACGACACCUUCCAUUUUUGGAGAUCAAAUACUGAAAAUAAUUCUCAUAAACAUUCCCUAUUACUGUACCGCUUCUAAACAUCCUGACAGAAACACCUUAGUUGGAGACUGGAUUCAACGAUGUGCAUCCUACGUUGAAUCAAGAAAACCAUUAUUACAACAAGUUAAAAACCCUUUUUCUAACUCUGAGGAGUAUGUUGAGGAAGAAUUAGAUCUUUUAUUUCGUCAAACCAUUCUUGAAAAAGAAAAUGGACUUCAGUUCUCUUAUUUACCUCGCCCUUGGGAAGCAUUUGAGUCAGAUUUAGCCCAGGUUUCACCUGUCUCUUUGAAAACUUUUGAAUGGAAUCCUUCUAUUACAGAAGAACAGCUCAAGCCACCAUAUUUUCGCCCUUUUGUCGAACUCUUUCAUACUUCUGAAAUCCGUACUACUCCGGAAACUCUUAACAUCGCUUCCAGUAUUUUUCGGGAUGUUACUGCUGACAUCAUCAACCAUCUCGAGUAUAACCGUAUGGAAGCCGCUCAAAUUUUGACGGACCUUGAUGUUUACUUUACUUAUAAGACAUUUGCUUUACGUGGUACUCCGGUUGGUGAGCUUCCCAAACUGGAUCCAGAGGAGUCUCGAUGGAAGGUAGAAGAUAUAGUAACAGAAGCUAUAUUUUCAGAGCUACUGACGACGGCCAAGCCCGCUUUCAAGCCUAUCUAUUACCACUCGUUACUCACAGAGUGUUGUCGGGUUGCUCCCAAAAUUUUAGCACCAACUUUUGGUAGAAUUAUUCGUUUUGUGUUUAAUAUUUCUGAGAAUCUUCCAUUGGAAACUUUUGAAAAAUUUAUUGACUGGUUUUCUCACCACUUAAGUAAUUUCAACUUUUUCUGGAAGUGGCAGGAAUGGAUAGGUAACAUGGAGUUAGAAGACUUUCACCCAAAAAAAGUGUUUAUGAGAGAAACAAUUUCCAAGGAGUUGGAAUUGAGCUAUUGGUCACGUAUCCAUGAUUCUCUACCGGAACCCUUGCGCCAAUUAAUGACCGCUGAACCACCGAAGCCUGAAAUCCCGUAUGAAAACGAGUCCCAUCCGUUGCACGCAAGCUUUAAAGAGAUAACCGAUCAUUUAAGGAUACAUAAACCUAUUGAAGUAAUUUCGUCAGCACUCUCGUCUGUUGAGGAAAAUAAAGCAUCUGAAACUUCUGGAGUAAGGUUCUUAAUGGCGUGUAAUUAUAGUCUUGGUUCGAAAUCACUCUCCCAUGCAUUGAAUGCUUUCGAAAAACAUUUAGAUGUUAUAAAGCAUUUUUCUAGAAAAUCAUUAUCAACCGAGAUGGAAACAAUUGAUGAACUAUUUUUAUGCUGGAGAUUACAGCCAAGUAUUGCAGUUAUAUGGUUGGGUAAGAUGCUUAACUAUUCAAUUGUGAGUCUUACGUCUGUGUUUCGGUGGUUACUAGAUCAGAAGGAUCCAUCAAUAUGGGCCAAGAGUUGGACAUGGUCCUUAAUGCACAUGUCCUUGAAGAAGAUGGAUGCUCGGCUAGAAAACGUAAACAGUGAUGAUGAAAACUUAAAAGAACUUAUCAGGGAAUCCAAAGAAGAAAAAGAAGCAGUCCUGAAUCUUUUAUUCACAGAGUUACCCAAACGGAAAUCCGAAAACGAAAGUAUUCCUUGGUUAUCUCACUGGAUUCAACUAAUCCAGAAUGAUUUGGAGUCUGUAUAUGGUCAAACCAGUGAUUAG